AUGCUCGCAAGCUACGAUCUCUGCUCCUGCGAUGACGACUGUCUGGUGUGCUCCAUGACCCGGACUUUCUCGCCUCCCGUCCCUCCCCCUCCUACCCAGCGCCCAAAGAAGUCCGACAAGUGGACCCAAGACAGGAAGCAGCGCCACAAGCUCUCCUGCAGGAACAAGAGCAGGCUCAGCCUCCAGGACAAGAUGGACAUCGUGUCGCUCUUCUACAGCACGAUGCCGUCGUCGUCGACGCAGGUGGUCACGCAGAGCUCCAUCGCCAAGAUGUACGGGAAGAGCCGCUCCGCCAUCUGCAAGGUCCUCAAGUCGAAGCAGGUUGAGGCCUUGCUCCGCAAGGUGGUCAUGGCCGGGCAGGGGCUGCCUGCUGGGGUCAUGGGGAGAGAGCGAUGGUCAGAGGCUGAGGCCUUGCGGGAGGCGGAGAUGCCAAGGGUGAAGAAGGAGGAGGGGGCGGAGGAGUCUACUACACGGGCUUACACGGAGGCGUAUGAGCUUUGCGACAGCGGGAGGAGCGAUUUGUAG